AUGAGAACGCUUCACAUAUUACUCUUAACAGUUGUUACAUUACAAUUAUGUCUUUGCGAACCGAAUCGGGGAGUAAGCAUACGGCCAGUGCGGAUUGGACCAAAGUCAGUAAUCUUACAAACUGUAGAAAAUGAAGAAGAUCCUUAUUACCCACCACCACCACCACACCAUGGCUAUUACCCAUCAUGUAAAUGUCCACCAGGCCCACCUGGACCGCCAGGACCACCCGGUCUUCCGGGUAGGCCCGGAGCACCAGGUUUUCCUGGACCUAAAGGUGAUGAUGGUCGUCCAGGUAUGCCAGGACCACCAGGAAAAGAUGGCGUAGAUGGUCGACCAGGAGAGAGAGGACCACCAGGUCCACCAGGUCAUCCAGGGUUGCCAGGUUUACCAGGACCACAGGGACCUCCUGGCGGUCAUCACCACUCUCCUUCAUAUCCGUAUCCAUAUCCACCUUAUCCCGGGUAUCCAGGAUAUCCAGGAUACCCAUACCCACCACCAUAUUAUCCACCUCCCACAACACCAGCACCAGAAGAAGUUAUCCAGGAUGAGCACAAUGGACAAAUGUCUCUGAGUGAACGGCUGCUAAUGACAGCCAUACAUCCUAACCUAGAUAUCAUAGCAUGGUGA